AUGGCAGGGAAGGUGACACUGCUCCUGUGGGCCCAGACCCUCAGCCUCGCUGGUUCGCGGACCACCCAGCUCCUGGUGCAGCCCUCCUGGAUGCCAGCAGUGCUUUGGGACAGGGUGACACUGACCUGCCAGGGCUGGGGAACCACCGGUGCCACUGCUGGUGCCACCACCUGGUACAGGGAUGGGCGGCGAUGGGGGCAGCAGGGACCCGACCAUGUCACUGUCACAGAGAGUGGCACCUACACGUGUGACAGACCUGGCAGUGGACUCAGCCCACCUGUGAGAGCCUUAGAUGCCCCGUUGGUGCUGCAGGUGCCAGCACGGCCACUGCUGGAAGGGGACACGGUGACACUGCGCUGCCGGUGCAGGAUGGACACGUCAGUCACCGGGGUGCAAUUCUACCAUGGGGACGAGGAAGUGAAGGAGUCACUCAGUGGGACCGAGCUGUCCCUGUCCCCUCUGCAGCUGAACCACAGCGGCCGCUACUGCUGCAAGGGCCGGGUGAACUCCGGGGUAUCACGGGGGUGGCAGGAGUCGGCACCGGUGACAGUGACAGUGCAGGAGCUCUUCACGGUGCCGGUGCUGGAGGGUCCCUCCGAGCCCAUCGAGGGGUCCCCCCUGACUCUCAGCUGCCUCAGCACCCCCAGCCACCUGAGGCCCCGAGCCCCCCUCCUGCACCUCUUCUACCAGGACGGGCAGUUGAUGGGGGGCCCGCAGGGGUCCCCGCAGCUCCUGGUGCCCGCCGUGGGGGUCUCCCACUCGGGGAAUUACAGCUGCCAGGUGCUCUCUGAGCGGGGGACCGUGCGGAAGAGCAGCGCCCGGCUCGGCGUCACGGUGCGCAGGAUCCCGCCCUCGGGGGUGUCCCUGUCAGCACAGCCCCCCGGGGGACAGGUGGCACUGGGGGACAGCCUGGUGCUAAGCUGUGCGGUGGCUGCAGGGACAGGUCCCCUGUCCUUCACCUGGCACCAGGGGGGCUCGGGGCCACCACUGGGCACCAGCCCCCGCCUGGAGCUGCACCACGUUGGGGACAAUGACAGCGGCCACUAUCACUGCCGGGUCAGCGAUGGGGACAGUAUGGCCGAGAGUGUCCCCCUGAAUGUCACCGUCCUGGUGCCCGUAGCCAAUGCCACCAUUACCCCCGGUCCCCUGUCACACCAGGUGCACACAGGUGACCCCGUGACCCUGCAGUGCUCAGUGCAGGUGGGCUCAGCCCCUGUCACCUUCACCUGGCUGCACAACGGGCAGGAGGUGGCCCGGGGUCCUGUUCUGGAGCUUGGAAACGUCACUUUGGGACAUUCGGGCACCUACCAGUGCGUGGCCACCAACCAGCUGGGACAGGAUGGGCACCGCGUGUUCCGGGCACUCAGCCCCCAGCUUGCCCUGGAGGUGACCCCUGGCUCACUCUGGGUCACAGCAGUGGCUGUGAAUGUGGGCAGGACCCUCCUGUUCCUGGUGCUGCUCCUGGCUGUCAUCGGGGGCUGUCACUGCUGGCACCACUGGACAGCCAGGAAGCCCCAGGACAGAUCUCCCCCAGAGGAGGGGGUGUUGCUGGACCCCCACAUAGUGAUCACCGAGCAGGCAGGGGGUAAGUACAGUGGGGACAGGGACACGUCACCCACAGGUGUCACCCCCCACCCAGGCCCCCACAACCAGUGUCACUUCCAGGGCUUCCACAAGUGUCCCCUGACCCUGCCCCACCUCGGGAUCCUCAAGUGA